GAACUGAGUUUUUAAAUCCAUUGGAUUACCUGUUUUGAUGGAGAUACUUGCUGUGUGCCAGAAAUCUUCCAAGCGGAAUCCAAUUGAAAAUUGACUGGAUCUAUAAGGUGGAGAAAAACGCAACACAGAAGCAGUGUGCCAUAUUUGUCUGUGCUUCUAUUGUGAACUCACUGGAAGUCAAGUGGAAAAGCUUAAGUUCUGGAAAGCGAAAGUGGAAAACUCUUUGGCCACCUUUGACCCAGCUGACAUCUGUUUUCUGGAUUUCAUGCCGUCACGUGUCUCAAAUUUCACCUGUGGAUUAAGUUUCCUGGUGGCUCAUAAUUUCUCCAAUAUUCAGAUAUUGGUCUGCUGUCUGAACUCGGAGUACAUAUACUUCUCUUAAUACCUGAAGGAGUUGUGCUGUGCAACAAUACUUGGAAAAAAUGUUUCAUUAGUGAAGUUUUGGAGUGUUUCUUUCAGCUGGGCUGAUUUUUGAGUUUUAAAUUGUGGAAUAACUAGUUGGUACUCCAAUAUGUCUUUGGAUUGGGUAGGCCGAUCUGUCAACUACACUCUCAUUGAUACAGUGGUUUACUGCAAGGGUGCCCGGGUAUGGGUACGUGACCCUGAUGUGGUCUGGAAGGGAGGGGAGCUGAAACAGGACUACAAAAAAGGAGACAAAGUCGUCAAUGUUGAACUGGAGGAUGGAGGGGACAAAACCCUCCAACUUAAGACCAAAGAAGACCUCCCCCCGCUGAGGAACCCAGAUAUUCUGAUUGGUGAGAAUGACCUGACGUCUCUCAGCUAUCUCCACGAGCCGGCGGUCCUCUUCAACCUCAACGAACGCUUCAUUCGAAACAAUGCCAUCUACACUUAUUGUGGCAUCGUGCUGGUAGCCAUCAACCCAUACCAGCAGCUCCCACUCUACGGUGAGGAUGUCAUCUAUGCCUACCGGGGUCAGGACAUGGGGUCCAUGGACCCUCACAUCUUUGCCGUGGCGGAGGAGGCGUUCCGGAGGAUGUCUAGGUUUGAUCAGAAUCAGUCGAUCAUCGUCAGUGGGGAGAGCGGGGCAGGAAAGACGGUGUCUGCCAAGUACGCCAUGCGAUACUUUGCCAUGGUGGGCGGCUCCUCAGCGGAGACACAGAUUGAGAAGAAGGUCCUCGCAUCCAAUCCUGUCAUGGAGGCUAUUGGUAACGCCAAGACAACCCGCAACGACAACAGCAGUCGCUUUGGCAAGUACAUCGAGAUCAGCUUCAACACCCAGCAUCACAUCAUAGGGGCCAACAUGCGCACCUAUCUACUGGAGAAAUCCCGCGUCGUCUUCCAGGCGGAGGAGGAACGCAACUAUCACAUCUUCUAUCAGCUCUGCGCCUCGUGCAACUUGCCUGAGCUGGCGGCGCUCAAACUAGGUCACCCGGAUGAGUUUUUCUACACCAAUCAGGGAGAGAGCCCAACUGUAGACACCAUUGACGACGUAGCAACGUUUGAAGAAACAAGAGAUGCCCUGGCUUUACUAGGUUUUGAAGAAGAGCACAUGCAGCAAAUGUUCCGGAUUAUCGCCGCCGUGUUGCACUUUGGGAAUGUGGACAUCAGACCCGGCGACCAUGAGAGCAGUAAAAUUGAGAAGAACAAUGAGAACCUUACGGCGCUGUGUGAGCUGUUGGGAAUCGAGGAGGUGCAGAUGAAGAAGUGGCUAUGCAAUCGUAAGAUCGUCACGGUCCGGGAAAUCCUGACUAAACCGCUCACCAGAACCCAGGCUGUGUUCUCCCGAGAUGCUCUAGCCAAGAGGAUCUACUCCGAACUCUUCUCCUGGAUCGUAUCUCAGAUCAACAAGACCAUUCAGGUCACUAGUAAAGCUAAGAGCUUCAUUGGCGUGCUGGAUAUCUAUGGGUUUGAGAUGUUUCAGAUCAACAGCUUUGAGCAGUUCUGUAUCAACUAUGCAAACGAGAAACUCCAGCAACAAUUCACACAGCACGUCUUCAAGUUGGAGCAAGAGGAAUACGUCCGGGAGCAGAUCGAGUGGUCUUUCAUUGAUUUCUAUGACAACCAGCCGUGUAUUGAUCUCAUCGAGAACAAACUGGGUAUUCUGGACUUGCUGGAUGAAGAAUGCAUGUUGCCCAAAGGGUCGGAUGAGAACUGGUGUCAAAAGCUGUACAAGAGCCACAACAACAGCAAGCAUUUUUCCAAGCCCCGCAUGUCGCAGUCGGCGUUCGUCAUCCACCACUUCGCCGACAAGGUGGAGUACCAGUCGGACGGCUGCGUGGAGAAGAAUCGAGACAACGUCAACGAAGAACACAUCAACAUACUGAGGGGCAGCCAGUUUGAGUUUGUGGCAGACCUCUUCCGCGAGAAGAAAAUGGCUCAUGAAAUACAGAGAAAGACUGUGGUGAAGUCCGGCAGCGGUCCCGCUGUCAAGGGCCAGAAAUCCUUCAAGUCGUCCGUCGGUAGCCAGUUCCGGGAGUCGCUCAAAUAUCUCAUGCUGAAACUGAACUCGACCACUCCCCACUACGUCCGCUGCAUCAAACCCAACGACACCAAGACAGCAUUCGAGUUUGAACCCAAGAGGGCAGUAGAGCAGUUGAGAGCUUGUGGUGUUCUGGAGACCAUUAGAAUCAGUGCAGCCGGCUACCCAUCACGGUGGACCUAUGCCGAGUUCUUCACUCGCUACAGGGCGUUGAUGAAACCCAAAGAAGCCAACCGGAAAGAUGUGCGGGGAACCUGUGAGAAGACGCUACAGAGAUUGAUACCUGCCCCUGACAAAUACCAGUUUGGCAAGACCAAGAUCUUCUUCCGAGCGGGCCAGGUGGCCUACAUGGAGAAGCUACGGGCAGACAAGCUGAGAGCAGCCUGCGUCUUGAUGCAGAAGACAGUGCGUGGCUGGGUGCAGAAGAAGAAGUACACGCGGCUACGAUUGUCCACCAUCAUCAUGCAGAGGAUGGUACGAGGAUUCCUGGCAAGGAGGCUGACCAGGCACAUGCGCCGCACCAACGCCGCCACCUAUCUGCAGAAGCGAUGGCGGGGUUACAGCCAGCGACAGAAGUACCUGCACGUCCGGCACGCCAUCGUCACCAUCCAGGCGUUCAGCCGAGGGAUGUACGGGCGGCGGUACUACACCAAGGUCCUGCGCAGGGCCCGGGCUACCACCAUGCAGAAGACGGUGCGUGGGUGGCUGGCUAGGAGACGGUACCAGAAAGCACGGAAGGCGAUCAUCCUGCUCCAGUGCUGCACUCGGAGGAUGUACGCCAAGAGGGAACUCAAGAAACUCAAGAUCGAAGCCCGUUCGGUUGAGCAUUUGAAGAAACUCCAGAAGGGCAUGGAGAAUAAGGUUAUCUCCUUGCAGCAGAAAGUGAACGAAUUGACCAAAGAGAAAAAGGAGAGAGACGACCAAGAAACCACGAUUGAGAAGCUGCGCAGCCAGGUCAAGUCCAUGGAGCACACCCAGGCAGAGUCGGUCUCUCUGGCCAAGAGGGUCGCCGAGCUGGAGCAGGAGAAUGCCAGGCUACGCCAGGAGCUGGAGCAGACCGUCUUGGAGAAGAACGCACUCAAUGAGGAGAUGGGACGGGUCCUGCAGGAACACAAAGAGGAGAAAGACAAACAAGAAGCAGAGAGCGAGAAGCUGAGGAAAGACCUGCAGGAGAAAGAGAAUCAGUACAAGGAAUUGGAGGAAAGCUCGGAAGAGCGAGUCAAGAAGGAGGUGGAAGCCGCCCAGGAGGAGAUCCUCAAGGAGCUGGCCGAGGAGAAAACCCGGCACCAGAAACUCCUCCAGGAUUACUCCAGGAUGGAGCAACGCUGCGACAACCUUAAGGAGGACCUCGAGGCCGCCCAGAACCCUCCCCAGCAGUUCAUGCAGCACGUCAGGACGGACAGCAGCGAGGGCGGGGAGUCUGGCUACGGCACGCUGUCCACCACUCAGGUGGAGGACGUGGAGAACGUGGAGGAUGAAAUACAGGAGCAGGGUCAGGAGAAAGCCAGCAUGGACAUGAACGUCUUCCUGAAGCUGCAGCAGAGGGUGCGAGACCUGGAAAAGGAGAAGCGACAAUUCCAGGUCAAGCUGGAGAAGAGCCAGUCCGACUCCAAGACGCGGAAAAGCACCAUGGAAGGGGACCUGGACGCCUCCCAUGCUGAGUUAAUCUCCUACAAGGAUGAGAACAUGAUGCUCAAGAAAGACCGGUCAUUGCGACAGGCCCUCCAGAGUGAUUCACCGGAGGAUGACAUGUUGAAGGUUCUGACCAAUCAGGUGUCGGCGCUGGGCGACGAGAACCACAAACACAGGCAGGAGAUCCUGAGGUUAAAGACAGAACUGACCAAUCAGCAACGCCGAUGGGAGAACCGGUACAACGGGGAGGACUCCCCCGACAGCGGUGUCAGUAAGGAGAGAGAAAACCUCAUACAAGAAGAGAUUGCCUCGCUGAAGGAUGACGACAACUUGGAUGUCGCCUACAAAUCACUGAAGAUGACAAACCAUCUGUUUGCUGCCCUCACUGCCAGCCAGACUAGUUUGCGCGACACGGUCUCAAAGUACGGCAGUCUGGCCGAAAAUCACAAUGACCUUCUGGUGGGCAAAAUGUCAAACCCACCAGGUACUUCAGAAACAAGACGGUCUGAAAUUUUAGAGAAAGAAAUUCAGGCACUGAAGAAGAACCACGAAAAUGAGGUCAAGCAGUUGAAGGAAGCGUUGGAAAGUCUGAAGAAGGAUAACGACAGACAACAAGAGAUUAUUGGACAGAGUCUUAAGAUGACACCAGAGGCUCGCAUUAACCAGACAGUCCAGCAUGAAAUAUCAAGGCUGACCAAUGAAAACCUGGAUCUUCUUGAGCAGAUCGAUUAUCUGGAGAAGCAGGUGAAGAAACUCAAGAGGCAACUCAAGGUGGCCUACAGGAAGGUCACUAGCACCUUAGAGUCAUCAGCUACCCCAACGUCACUAAGCGAAACAACCAUUUCGUCGCACUAUUCUGCGCCGCCCAACCUCAGCGACACAACACAGAUAGCGCCGGCCAACGUGAGGAUGAAAGAACGCGAGAUCCUGGGAAUGCUGGAGUACAGGCAGGAGGACGACGUUAAGAUCAUUAAGACCAUCAUCAUAGACUUCCAUCCCAAGAAUGCGGAGAGUCAUCUACCCGGCUUACCGGCUUACAUGAUCUUCAUGUGCAUACGUCACGCUGACGAUAUCAACGACGAUCGGAAGGUCAAAGCGCUUCUCACGGGAGUGAUCAACGGCAUCAAGAAGACCGUCAAAAAACACUUUGAGGACUUUGAGUAUGUGUCCUUCUGGCUGACAAACACGAUUCGGUUGAUGCACACACUCAAGCAGUACAGCGGUGAAGAGAACCUCUCCAGUCAGAACACACACCGGCAGAACGAGCACUGUCUUCGGAACUUUGACCUGUCGGAGUACCGUCAGGUCAUGAACGAUCUCGGAGUUCACAUCUACCAAAUGCUUGUCCACAUCAUUGAGAACAAGCUACAGCCGAUGAUUGUUCCUGCCAUGCUGGAAAGUGACGUCGCCGGUCUGUCCACCAAACCAUCGGGUCUGAGGGGCCGUAGUGCCAGCGUGUCAGUCGAUCACGACAGCCAGAAUUUAACCAUAGAAUCCUUAAUCAAACAGCUCACCACGUUCCUAACAGUAAUGAAUAAUCACGGCACGGACCCUGAAGUCGUCAAGCAAGCCAUCAAACAGUCCUUCUACUUAGUAACCGCCAGUACUAUCAACAACAUACUGCUGAGGAAGGACAUGUGUCAUUGGUCCAAGGGCGUCCAGAUCAGGUACAACAUGAGUGAGUUGGAAGAGUGGCUACGGAGCAGCAAACUCUACGAUCACAACAUGGAGGAGACGUUGGAGCCCCUGGUCCAGAUAGCUCAGCUGCUUCAGGUCAAGAAGAGAACGGAAGAUGACGUCAGGCUCAUCAGCGAAACCUGCACGAAACUCACUACAACGCAGGUCGUGAAGAUCCUUAAUCUCUACACACCCGACGAGUACGAAAAGACAGAAGUGUCUUUCAUCCGCAAGGUGCAGGGCAAGCUAGCGGGAAGGAUGACGCCCAAGAAAGAUGCACAACUCCUGAUUGACACCAAGUACACGUUCCCUGUCACCUUCCCCUUCAACCCAUCCUCCGUACUGCUCAAUGAGAUCACCAUUCCCGACACUUUCAAAUUGGACUGCGUCAAGCGAGUAUGAGGGAAUUUUCCCACGUGUAGUUCGUGAUUUCGUCCUUAUUUUGUGCAUUCCGUAACUUUUAUUCCUAGCCUCAUGUUCAAAUACCAUUUUCCCUCCUUUUUUUAAGGGGCAAGCGUCUUCAUUUUGGAUUUUUUGUUGACUUGUGGUCUGUCAUCUUUAAACUAUUCAAAUUUGUCUUCUUUGAUCCAUUGUCUUCAUUGACAUUCUUAAAUGGGUACCCAUUUGCAGAUGGGAAACCAACAAAAUAUUGUUCUCAAAAGCAUGUUGCAUCCAGCUAGAUUGCAUUCAAAGUCGAAAUCGUUUAGUUCAACCACAGUAGUAUCCGUUGGUCGUAACUUGUACUGUUUUCAGCUGGUGAGGAACAGAGUUAAAGUGGACAAAAUAAGGAUACAAUGCUACAGAUCUAUAAAAAUAUAACCAUUCAAAAUUUACUUGCAUAUAGAAAACAGACCCCACUACAUGAUUCCAUUUCCACUCACGCCGGUGGGAUAACAAAAUAAUAGUACAUGUAUAUGAUUGCAUCAGGCAGUUGCAAUACUGACAAUGUCUUUCACACCGUUCUCUUCAGUAGAUUUACAAUUCAAACUUAUUCUUAAAACCAGAUUCGCAGUGUGUUAAAAUGAGUGUGUGCAAAGUGCUGGGGCCAAAAUUGGAAGAUUUAAAGUUCUUUACCAGGUUAUAAAAGAAAAUGUUGAUUGUAAGUUUAGUUUUGCAAUAAAAGAACCGCUUUUUUAGGUCCAGUCUGUACUGAUAAAGUCUGAUAAAUUGACAGUGAAUUUCUCAUCCGAGAUUUUUACAUUGUUGUAUUCGUGUCUCUGUUGUUUCCAUUGAGGCUGAGAAUUUGGUUCAAUAUUUCAUCGAACAAAAGUAAGUUUUCGUGAUCUUGAAUGACAAACCAGAAAGAUGAUCUGUGCGGUUUCCACUGCGGAAGGUAAAAUAAAAUAAAUCCACAAAUAAUCAGUGAUUCGUUUCAGUCAAAGUCGUUAGAAUCACAAGGAGGAAAAAGCUUUGAAACAAAAGAAAUGGAAAUUCUCAAGGAUUUUUAUGGUUGACAAACGGGUCGCGUUUAAUCAAGGUAUUACAAAAAACAUGAGAGGAUUCUUCUGUGGGACGAACUUCCAGUUUUUCAUGGAUGACAUUCUUAUAUUUACCUUACUUUGUCCGAGGUUAGAUUUUUUAAUAAUGUUACACAGAUAAUGAAAACUGCUCUAGAUAUGCUUUCAUGAGGUGAUUUUGUUUGGUCUUUUAGGGAAACGGAACUUUGUAAGUCAGUUAUAGGAUGCUUUAAAGAAAAAAGCGACCACCUCGGUCGAAAUGAGGACUAAGUCAAAGUUUAAAUAAAUAUUUGAUGUACAACCUUUUAACCUUCCUGCUGUCUGAACAGUCACAGACAGUCAAAAAUUAAUCCUCUUCCCCUGCCAUGCCUUUUACACAGACAAGUCACUAACAGUCGGAUCAUAUUUUGAGCAAGCACUUUGACUAGUCAAUUCAGUCAACAGACAAAAGCAUGCAACUGGUAGGCACAGCUGGCUUAUCAAUCACCUACAGUCAAAGCAUAGCUGUAUCAAGUUACAUAAACAGUCAUAGCCAGUCAACCCUGCAUUAAGUAGGCUGGGAGCUCUUAACUUCUGAAAACAGUCACUUGAUUGAUUUUGACUGAAAUUACAACUUGGCACAGAAUGUGUGUUUGCGUAGGAGGGUUAAUAUGUAUCAAAAGUUGGUCCCUGUAUCUCCAUAAACCGCCCUUGCCUGUUACUCCUUAUACCGCCCGAAACCGCCCCAGCACUUUAUUAGUUAUAUGGAUUUAUCAACUAAUACAGUGUAUUACAAUGUUACACAUGUAGUAAUGUGUUAUAUCAUGACUUACUGGAAGUAGACAAUUAAGUGUAAGCCUCACAUGGUUGUGGUUCAAAUCGCGGCAUCAAUUUCUUCAAUGAUUUUUAAUCACAUGAAGAAAUUUGGGUCAUUUUAAGACUUAUUCCUCAUUUUGAAAGAGUGGGUCCAAGUUAAUUUUCACUCAAUGUUUUGUAUUAUACACUCAGUAUGUAGCUGCCCUGUACAUAUAUUAUUGUUAUUAUGCAUCGUGUAAUUAAUAAGCAUUUUUUUGUGUAUACAUUUUGUCAAAUAUUACCAAAUGUUUCAUUUGAUUUGUUACCGACAUAUUUGGUGAAUUGCAAGAAUUAUUUUUUCUACUUAUAAGCCAAAUCAGUGUUGCACAUUGAAUUUCAUUUUAAUUGCGGGGAAAAAUUUAAGUUUAUAAAAAGUGGUGAAGUAAUUCGUAUAUUUGCUUUGUAGCCUAGAGGUAAUUCCCAGAUAGCUGUGCUAUUAAUUAGGAAUAUAUAAUUCAAUAUUUUAUUAAAAAAAUGCGAGGUUGUGGCAGUAAUGAAAAGAUGAUUAAAAGAUAAAAUAUGGAAAAGGGGUUGGAAAACUGGUGCCCAGCAAUUUUUCAACAUUAUUUGGUGUGUGAAAUGGGAACCAACCUAGUGUUUAAAAAAAAAUAAUAAAUAAAUAAAAAGGUGAUAAGUCAACAAUUGGUGUAUAGAUUGUGUAUACAAAUUUAGAGCGAUACAUAUGAACAUUUGCUUCAAUGUAAAUAGUAAUAUUUGUUAUAAUCAUGUUCAAAUAGAGUAAUAUAUUAAUACUACUGUUGGCCAUGAUUAAGUUAGAUAGUUUGUAAUUAGUUGUCUGAAAAAAAGGUAAUGGAAAAAAAGUUUUCAUUUUAUAACUUUACAGUUGAACCUCUCGGUUGUGUCUGUUGGUUGAUGUAAAUCCUGCUUAAAAAAAAGCCACAAAUCUGAUUGGUCAGUCAGAUGUAAUGCUGAAAGCUGAUUGGCUGAAAGAGUUAAUAUAAUAAUGCCCUCCAUUUUGGGUUUGAAGCGUGCCAAUGAUGCUAUGAAAAACACAAUUUUGAACUCAAAACUUUUUUUUAACGCAAGCGCAUUCUAGAUAUUUUUUUAAUCACUCAAAAAAGAAAAGAAUUUAUUCACGAAAUGGUACUUAUUCCGAUCAAAGAAUUAGAGGUAUGUUGCAUGUUCUUUUGUCAUGUCGAACCCGCGAUCAGGUAGAUCCAUGUAGUAUCAGUCGGAAAUAAUAUUAGUGGCUGUAGCAAUCCACAAAAAAAACCUAUUUAUGACAGAUUUUAAUCAUACAUAUAAAGCUGAAAUUAUUCGUAAUACAAACCGCUAUACCCAAGUAUAAUUGUAUUUAAGUUAUGCAGAUGAAAUCAUGUAUUCAAGCUCAUUAUUUGUAAAAGUUCCGUAAUUUGUUUGUCAAUUCUCCCAAAGGUUUACAUCUGCUUAUUGAUCGCAGUAGCAAUUACGAUAGCGAGAUGUAUCCACUUAUGUUUUUUCGUUCAGUCAUAAAGAAUAUAUUCUUUAAUGUAUAUGUGUAUGUCUAGGUCUAGUUCCGAGAUUUGUCAAGCUUAUGUUCCGUUUUUUUGUACGUGUAUUUAAUCAAUCCUUUUUAAGUCGUUCAGUUGAGUAUACACAUGUACCCUGAUAGUUAUAUAAUAAUCGUUCUUGUAAAUUUAAUUGAAAGAAGCCUAGGUAUUGAGUACACUGUGACCGACUUCCACUACAGAUUAUGAGAUAUCGCUGAUUGCUAACGGCUGAGGCAAUAAAACGUUCCACAG